UAACUAAAUGGCAACCUAAAGAUAACCCUCUCUGGAGUGGUUAUAUUUACAGGUUACAUGGAUGGACAACUUGCAAUACAAUCAGAUUCCAAAGCCCAGAUUCUAAAAAGUGGAGGCACUACACUUUCUCAGAAUAGCCAAGAAGAAAGCAAGGAAGCACUAAAGAAUGAAAUUAUAUUUACAGAUUCUGAUGAAUACCUGAUAUCAACAAGAAAAAAGGAGCCAAAAAGAAAAGGAAAAGGCACUGAUUCAGAGAAAGACAAGAUAGGAAUGGAAGUCAAGACAGAGAAUGAAGCUGGAAUACCACAAGGACAGGAAGCCCAAGAAAAGAAGAGUGAGGUCAGAAUACUGAAAGGACAGGAAUCCCAAGUAAUAAAGAGUGGGGCCGGAAUACCACCAGGACAGGAAUCCCAAGUAAAGAAGAGUGACACUGGAAUACCAAAAAGACAGGAAUCCCAAGUAAAGAAGAGUGGGAUGGGCACACCACAGGGACAGGAAGCACAAGUGAAGAAGAGUGAGACUAGAAUGCCAAGAAAACAAGAAUCCCAAGUAAAGAUGAGUGAGGUUGGAAUAUCAAAAAGACAGGAAUCCCAAGUGAAGAAGAGUGAGGCAGGAAUACCACAAGGACAAGAAUCCCAAGUAAUAAAGAGUGGGGCCGGAAUACCAAAAAGACAGGAAUCCCAAGUAAAGAAGAGUGGGGCCGGAAUACCAAAAAGACAGGAAUACCAAGUAAAGAUGAGUGAGGCAGGAAUACCACCAGGACAGGAAUCCCAAGUAAAGAUGAGUGAGGUCAGAAUACCAAAAAAACAAGAAUCCCAAGUAAAGAAAAGUGAGACUGAAAUACCAAAAAGACAGGAAUCCCAAGUAAAGAUGAGUGAGGCCAGAAUACCAAAAAAACAAGAAUCCCAAGUAAAAAAAAGUGAGACUGAAAUACCAAAAAGACAGGAAUCCCAAGUAAAUAAGAGUGAGAUGGGCACACCACAGGGACAGGAAGCACAAGUGAAGAAGAGUGAGACUAGAAUGCCAAGAAAACAAGAAUCCCAAGUAAAGAUGAGUGAGGUUAGAAUAUCAAAAAGACAGGAAUCCCAAGUAAAGAAGAGUGACACUGGAAUACCAAAAAGACAGGAAUCCCAAGUAAAGAAGAGUGACACUGGAAUACCAAAAAAACAAGAAUCCCAAGUAAAGAAAAGUGAGACUGAAAUACCAACAAGACAGGAAUCCCAAGUAAAUAAGAGUGAGAUGGGCACACCACAGGGACAGGAAGCACAAGUGAAGAAGAGUGAGACUAGAAUGCCAAGAAAACAAGAAUCCCAAGUAAAGAUGAGUGAGGUUGGAAUAUCAAAAAGACAGGAAUCCCAAGUGAAGAAGAGUGAGGCAGGAAUACCACAAGGACAAGAAUCCCAAGUAAUAAAGAGUGGGGCCAGAAUACCACCAGGACAAGAAUCCCAAGUAAUAAAGAGUGACACUGGAAUACCAAAAAGACAGGAAUCCCAAGUAAAGAAGAGUGACACUGGAAUACCAAAAAAACAAGAAUCCCAAGUAAAGAAAAGUGAGACUGAAAUACCAAAAAGACAGGAAUCCCAAGUAAAGAAGAGUGACACUGGAAUACCAAAAAAACAAGAAUCCCAAGUAAUAAAGAGUGGGGCCGGAAUACCACCAGGACAAGAAUCCCAAGUAAUAAAGAGUGACACUGGAAUACCAAAAAGACAGGAAUCCCAAGUAAAGAUGAAUGAGGCCAGAAUACCAAAAAAACAAGAAUCCCAACUAAAGAAAAGUGAGACUGAAAUACCAAAAAGACAGGAAUCCCAA